GUGUUGUGAGUUUGACUUUUAAAAAAGCACUUCAAAAAAGUUUUCAUUGGUCAUGGCGAAGAUGAUAUUUUGGUACAUUCUAUUGAUUCUUCCUGCAAUAGUAUUAGGUGAAUGUACUUGUGAUCCCGAGGAUGAAGACAGAAACAAAAGUGAGGCACUCAAGUACAAAAUGGCAGCACUCGCUUCCAUAUUGGUAGCGAGUGCUAUUGGGGUGUGUAUUCCUGUUCUGGGCAAGGUGAUUCCCGCUUUAAGCCCAGAGAGGAAUUUCUUCUUUAUAAUUAAAGCUUUCGCGGCUGGUGUUAUCCUAUCAACGGGGUUUAUACAUGUACUUCCUGAUGCAUUUGAAAGUUUGACAUCGCCGUGUUUGCCAGAACAUCCAUGGGGAGAUUUCCCUUUUUGUGGAUUUGUUGCUAUGGUUUCGGCGAUGGCAACUUUGAUGGUGGAUACUUAUGCAACGUCUUAUUAUAAUAAGAAGAAUUUGAAAAAUGGAGUGGUGGGGACUGAGGUUGGAGAUGAAGGAGGAGUUGUCCAUACUCACUCUCAUGCCCAUGCACAUGGUUCAACAACAAUGAUGGUUGAUUCUAAUUCGGAGCUUCUUCGUUAUCGUGUGAUUUCUCAGGUUUUGGAAUUGGGGAUAAUAGUGCACUCAGUGAUAAUAGGAAUAGCUUUGGGUGCUUCUGAAAGUCCCAAAACCAUAAAGCCUCUUGUUGCUGCUUUGACUUUUCAUCAGUUUUUUGAAGGCAUGGGACUUGGUGGAUGCAUUGCUCAGGCAAAAUUGAAGUGUCGUGAAAUUACAAUAAUGGCUUUAUUUUUCUCCCUCACAACUCCAGUUGGAAUUGCGAUUGGACUAGGAAUAACAAAUGUUUACGAUGAGAAUAGUCCAACGGCUCUUAUCGUGCAAGGUAUAUUUGAUUCAGCUUCAGCUGGCAUCUUAAUUUAUAUGGCACUCGUUGACUUUUUAGCAGCCGAUUUUAUGAAUCCAAGAAUGCAAGGCAAUGGAAAGCUUCAAUUAGGGGCUAAUGUUUCACUUCUUCUUGGUGCUGGACUUAUGUCCAUGUUAGCCAAAUGGGCUUAAUUGACUAACACAUAUUGUUAUCAAUUUAAUGUCUGGAUUUGUUUUAUUUUUUUAACAUAAUCUCUUGAUUGAUUGCUAUACAAGAAGAGAGUGUAAAUCAUUAUGAAGUGAUAUUUUUUUCUCAUUGCUUAUUGGUUUGUUUGUUUGUUUGCAUUGAAUAUUCUGCUUUCUUUUGUGUGCUUUGUUCUUUUGAAUUGAGACCUGUUAUUGGAUUGUCAUGAAUAAAUUUAUUUUCUACAAGAA